AUGGAUGGAUGGUAUCAGUUGGUUUGGGGUGAGUUUCAGUUCUCUGCUAAAAGGGGAGGCCUGGAAGAGUAUAUAACUGUGAAUGUUUAGGGUUCGCUAAAAUGCUUGCCGUUUUUAACUAUGCAAGUAAAACAACCAACAAAAUUCUGUGAGAAGUUUCGACCAAAAAAACACCUGCGAAAAGCGAUAAAGGAGGGACCAUGGUUGGGCCUUAAGGUCCAUGGAUCAAAUAAUCUUUGGGGACCAUGGGUUAGUCUUAAGAUCAAGUAGCAAGGAUUUGUAGUUCAAGUAAUUAAGAGUUUUUACCUCACACUCGAGGUCUUAAGUUCGAUUCUUUUAUCUUCCAAUAUUGCUUGUAUAAAAGAUAAAAGAAAAACUUAAGACAAGGCCAUAGGUCAAGAGUUUCCAACCUUUCCUUCUUUUUAUUUUUUGAUACGAAAAUGGGGAAGCAUCUAAAAUUCUUGAAACAAAAGGGUAGAAAGUGUAAAUAUAAAGAUAAGGAGCAGGCAGAGUGACUCUGUCUGAACUAUGGGCGCUAAGAAUCCAAUGAUUUGUGACUGAUCCGAUUUCAACAACUGCUCGAAAUCUCAGAUCAGUGCAUGAGUGAGGGGGGUAUGAAAUUCAAAUAAAAGAAUUUAAUAGCAACAAUCUGAAAUUCUUCUAAGCCACUGGGAAGGAAGUGUAAAAUCAUAAACCCCAAACAGAUUACAGGAGAAAAUGAAAUACCAAACCAGUCAGCUAACUUGUAACGGAUUUAACCGCCCAAGAAAAACUUUCCGCCAAGAAAUUAGUUUAAAGCCUCUUCCUCUUCACCAAGUCUAGUCACAAUGCCUUGAGCUCUCAUCCCAAAAGAAUCUCAAUUUCCUUAGCUCUCUCUCUCUCUCUCUCUCUGUUACUUUUCCCUCAAGAAACAGAAACUCUCUCUGUUCAUCACCAUGUUUCAGUUUACCCUUGACCCAUGUGCUUCCUAUCUAAGGCACGCGCUUUCAUGCUUCAUGCUGCUGGGCCCCGACCACUAUGUCGAGCUCUGCGUCACAGAAAACGACGUCACAUUGGUAGGAGCCGUAGGUGACCCUGAGGAAGGACGCACGCCUGAAAUCCCAAACGUCGUCUUAGCCCUGCAGUUGACACCUUCCAACUUCUACACUUUUAGCUGCACUGAGAACGUCCGCCUUGGCUUGGACUACUAUAUGCUGUUCAGGGAACUCUUUGAUGCCAAGGGUGGUGAUUUUCUCAGUCUCUCUAGUGAUAUCAGCCGCGAUAACAUUGACUUUGAGCUCCUCAGUGUCUCAACUCUGGAAAUGAAGGUUGCUGAAAUUCCAUUGCUUUCAAGGAGGUCUGGUCAGAUAACUUUACCUCAGCUCCAAAAAGAACGUCCAGUGGUCAUUGGGAUAGCUGCGGAGCUGUUUAGGGUUCUUAUCCUCAGUUCGCGAGAACGAUUUGGGAUGACAGUUACUGUAAGCGUAAUGGGUAAGCAAGUUGUACUUCAUGGACAAGAUAAGGCGAUUGUUCUCAGGAAGGAGGAUUGUGUUAUUUGGAUUCCUGUGGCGGGUCGAUUUUUCUUGAAGUUCAGUACCGAGAAUGCUAACGCACUGCUGAAUGCUUCAAUUCUGUCAAACAUGGUGUGGUUGUAUGGCCAGUGCAAUGGUCCAUCUUGCAUGCUGAAUUUCCCUUUUGGUCAACUUGGAAGCCUAACGUUUUACUUUGGCGAAGAUAAUGCGGGCUCAGAAGAUGAUGCGGGUUUUCACAAAAGAUGAAGAGAAUGGUCUUACUAUCUCUGAGUUCUUACUCAAAUCAGAUUUUAAUCAUGCAAAUUCUUUUUCUCCAUUUUCAAAAUAAUGUGAUUUGAUCACAAGUGUAAAUGAGCAAACAAAAGAUGAUGUGAGUUGUGAGAUACUUUGAUUUGUCUGUUGUACUUGGUAAAGUCUGAUCCUAUUCAUCAUAAUCUUUUGUAAACAAUGCAGCUUUACAUAAUUUGGUUUGUAAGUUGAUUUUUU